AUGAUCGGUCAGAAAUCCAGGCAGUCCUUGGGACCUCAAAUGCCGUGCGAGCUGCCGCGGGAACCUGCCGGGAUUGUGGGCUCCAUGGAGGAGCUGAGCAGCCUCACGGGAACGGGGGUGAUCGCGUCCGAGACCUUGGCCUCUGGCGCCGCAAAGGAAGACCCCUCAGCCAGCUUGUUCCCGUGUCCACUAAUACCUCUCCUCUUUCCCUUUUACAGGAAAUACCUGGACAUCCAUUCCAUGCACAGGCUGGAGAAGACAUCCACCACUGAGGAGAUGAGGGAGGUGUUGGCAGAGCUGCUGGAGCUCAGCUAUCCUGAGCAAAAUCUCCGAGAAGCCAUCACCCUGGAUCUCUUCACCCACGCACUCAUCUUCUGCCGGGAGCAAGGCUUCUCGCUGGAACAGACAUCUGCAGUGUGUGCCCUGCUCCAAGAUCUUCACAAGGCCUGUAUUGCCACCCCUUUGGGCAACGUGGAGGAAUGUUACCGCUACUUCACCAGUGCUCUUUUUUGCCAUGGUGUUAGGCGGCCUCCUUUCAGCAUUGACCUUUUUAAGGAGGAGCAGUUACUGGCCUUGGCAGACUAUGUGGUCAACACCUACUUUCGUCACUUCAAGCUCUACAAAUAUGUCUUUACAUCACAGGUUCGACUCGAUCUAUCUUUAAGUUACAUGGGACUACAGCCACCCACUCUCUCUCCAGAGGAUGAGACAGAGAAAGAAGAAGAGACAGCAUUGGAAGAACAGGCAGUCAUCCCAGAGGAGGAAGUGGAAACAGAGGCUAAACCAGAGCAAGAGCCAAGUGAAGGUCACGUCUCUGUCCUCCGAGCCUACAUCAAAACCCAACUGAACAAGGAGCUGGUGCAGCUCCAGCGGCUGGUGGAAGAACAGCUUGAGGCUAGUGAAGAAAGGCUCAACAGCAAGUUGAUCACUUUAGAGGGGCCCUUUCAGCUACGUCCAAGCAAAGGCAAGAAUAAGACCAAGUAACUCAGAGUUCUCUCCAAUAAAAAGCCAGAGUGGCCACAUCUC